AUGGCUCCACAAGAGGAAAAGUCUGACGAUGAUAGUAGUCCAGAAGGAGGAGGAGCAGAAGAAGAAAGUUGGGAAGAAGCCAACUUUUCCGUCACGCCGCACUCGUCUCGUCGGAUCCAACUUUACCAUCACCCACAUCAAAAAGACCACUGUAUUGCCAUUACGAUUCAGUCCGUGGACACGUCGCAAAUGAGUUUGUUGGAUGUCUGCAACUAUGAUAAUGAGGCUUCUCCACAAGUCGAUGGAUCCGGUCAUUGUGUGUGGAUGGGAGCCCUCUAUUUUGCGCAUGCCCUUGCCAUUGGAUUGUUAUCGUUCAACAACAAUACACUACAUUCAUCCUAUACAGACACUUUUCCUUUUUCUUACGACCACUACUUUCAAGACAACAUGGUUGCCGAAAUUGGAUGUGGCACGGGAACGGCUGGAAUUGCCUUGUUGAAAUUGAUGCAGCCACAGCACAUGUUCUUUCUCGACAAUGAUGCCCAAGCGUUGGAAUUGUGCCGCCAGAAUUGCCAACAAAAUGGAAUCGAGGAUUCUGUCUAUACCAUACAACCACAACCAUCGUGGCUGGAGGAGGAGCAUACCAGUGAUUCCCCUACUAGUACUCUGGACACCAUUCUGGCUACCGAUGUACUUUACGACCUCAAGAUUAUCCGGCCAUUCUUUCGGACCGUUCAGCGACUACUGCUUUCCAACCACCACGACAACAAUAACAGGAAGGACACGACUUCCUCCAAGAAUAAGCACUUGAUCUUGUCCCACGUACCACGGUGGUUCCUUCCUCGUCACAACAACAACAAUACACAAGAUAACAACAGCAGCAGCCACCGAGCAGCGGCAUUGGAGGCACACAUUGUACAAGAGGCUUCACUCAGCGGAUUCAAUCUGAUUCAAACCACGAGGCCAGCCGAUAUACUGGCACAAUACAACAACAAUCAGUUGAUAACAUCAUCAUCAUCCAAACCAGCAGAACGGGACAAUAAAGCUCUGCGCGAAGCACUGGGGGAAAUGAAGGAAGCGGGAGCUGUUUUGUGGGUGUUUCAAACAACAACAACAACAACAACAACAACAACAACAACAACGUCAUGA